CACGCACACCGCCUCCGGCUUAUCUCUCGAGUCUGGAGGAGUUGUGCCCGCGGCCGCCGGCCACCGUCCUCCCCUUGGCCCCCUCUCGCCGGGGCCCUUUGACGCCGUAUUCUCCUGAGGGUCGGGGACGGACGCGGCUUCCGCUGCCGUCACCCUCCUCGCCCACGCCCUCGCGCCGCCGCCGGCGGGGGCCCCGCGACCGCGAAUCGUAUCCUGGAACAGGACACUCAUGGGGAAGGGACAAAUAGUGGCUGUUCUUCAGCUAGGUGGAGAAUUCACCACAGAUGCUGAUGGGCACAUGUCCUAUUCUGGCGGAGAGGCGCAUGCCAUGCUUGUCAAAAGUGAUUGGACAUUUGAUGCGUUUAAGCACGAGAUAUCUUCGACACUUAACAAUCUCAAAAUCGAUCAGUUCUUGUUCAAGUAUUUCCUUCCAAAGAAUAACAAAACCUUGAUUUCGAUAUCCAACGACAAGGACCUACUUCGCAUGGUUGAAUUCCAUGCAGAGUCAGAGACUACAUACAUUUAUGUCAUGAAGAAGGUUGACAACAGGGCAAAGGGCGUCGUUGCUGAUUCGGGCACUCCUGUAGAGACAACUGCCGUUGUCCCAACGACUGAGGAUGGGUCUAAGAGACAAAAGGUCUGUGCAACUUGGAAAAAUGUGAUCACUGGAGUUGGUCAAGUGUUUGAAGGUCCUAAGGAUUUCCGUGAUGCCUUGCAUAAGUAUGCCAUUGCACAUAGGUUUCAUUACAGAUUUGUCAAGAAUGACUCGUCUCGUGUUACUGCGGAAUGUACUGGUGAAGAUUGCCCAUGGCGAAUACAUGCUUCCAAGUCCCCUGCCAAGCAGGAUUUCAUGAUCAAGAAAAUAUCAGAAAGCCACACCUGUGAAUCUGAAACAGUCAAAAGUCAUCGUCUGGCGUCUCAACGAUGGGUUGCUAGUGUCAUAAAAGAAAAGUUACGUGAUAGCCCAAACUACAGGCCAAGAGAUAUCGCAAAUGAUCUCCAACAAGAAUAUGGACUGUGCCUGAAUUAUUCACAGGCUUGGCGUGGAAGAUCAAUUGCCCAAAAACAACUCUAUAGCUCACAUGAUGAGGCGUGCAACCAGCUACCUUGGUUUUGUGAAAGGAUUAAAGAAACAAACCCUGGAAGUGUGGCAACAGUAGUGACCAUGGAAGAUUCGAAGUUCUGUUUUUUUGUUGCAUUCCAUGCAUCGCUUCACGGUUUUGAGCAUGGGUGCAGGCCACUCAUUUUUCUUGAUGCAGUAUCUGCAAAACCAAAUAAGCAGUGGAAGUUACUGGCUGCUACUUCAGUUGAUGGGGAAGGUGAUGUGUUCCCAGUUGCGUUCACUGUGGUGGAUGAGGAGAGCCGUGAAAAUUGGCAUUGGUUUCUUGAGCAACUAAAAUCUUCUCUGUUGGCAUCUCGUGACAUAACAUUCAUAUCAAAUGGAGAAAAUGGACUAUGGGAUGAAGUACCUUUGGUUUUCCCUGAGAGUCAUCAUGGAUAUUGUGUGGACUUUCUUAUUGAAGAAUUUAAGAUGCAAUUGGAAGAUGCAUGGAUUGAAGAAGUAAGAGAUGCCAUGGUCGAGCUUUGUAAGAAGGCCAUAUAUUCAUGCACAGCUGAUGAGUUCAAUCAGCAUAUUGAGGAAAUUAGAAGUGAAUCUGACAAGCUUGCUGAAUGGCUUUUAGAGAUCAAACCUGAGCGGUGGUCAGAUGCCUUUUUCAAGGGGUCACGGCAUGGCCAGUACUCAUCCAACAUUUAUAACACCAUUGCUGACUGGAUCCCCACAAGAUAUGAGCUUUCAGUUGUGCAGUUGGUUGAUACGAUAAGAUGCAAGCUCAUGGAGUUGAUGUACACUCGUAGAGAAUCUUCUAAUGAAUGGACUGAGGUAUUAACGCCUGCAGCUAACCAGAAAUUGCAGGAAGAGGUGAGCAAAUCCCACACACUAAAUGUUACCCCCACAGAAAGUGAUGGACAAGGCAGUGUGUUUAAGGUGUGCGAUGACUCAGUUAAUGUUGUUAACAUUGAUACGUGUGACUGCACCUGCCGCAAGUGGCAUGUUUCUGGGUUGCCGUGUAUGCAUGCAGUUGCAGUAUUUGAGCGCACCGGGCAGUAUGCAUAUGACUACUGUCUGAAGUAUUUCACGACGGAGUGCUACCGCUUGACCUACUCCAUAUCCAUAAAUCCUAUACCUGAUGUUAUUCUGCCUCCUGUUACAUUAACCAAUCCUUCUCAGAGUCCAGCGACAUACCCAUGCCCAAUACGAACUCGACGACGUGUUGGCAGGCCAAAAGAGAAGCCAGCUGAUCCGCGUAUCACAAUUAAAAGAGCAGUGCGCUGCAGCAGAUGUAAGGGUUAUGGUCACAACAAAGCAACCUGCAAAAUUCCAAUCACCGAAGCCUUACCAUUGGCUGAGCUCUCUGAUGUACAAAAUUAAGGUGGAUAGUUGUUGAUUCUAGUUCAUCUAAGCUGCUUUGUAUUCGCUGCAUUUUGUAGGAUAACUACAUUCAGUUUGUAAAUUGAACAUUUAAUAUGGACAUCAUUAAAGAGGCCAGGGAAAUUCUGCUAUGUUCCCAUGUCCAGUUUGUUGCUGUAUUGAACCCUUCCUCCUGUUAUGCUGUCGUCAUAUCGUUUCAAACAAGGCAAAGAAAUAGUACAUCAUAACUUAAGUUU